AUGGAGAAGAGAUUUUAUAAGACAUGUUCAAAGCAUGCUUACUAUUAGUACAUCAAUAGAUAUGAUCCAAAAUUGUUAGCAACUUACUAGACAGGAUAUUAUCAUGGAAUUGGUAGAUAAGGGCUAUUCAAGACAUUGGUGUUAAGAUAAGCAGGAGAUAGCAUCGGAAUGGAAGAGGAUCACAGUUAUACUUAUAAGAUGCAUGUGAUGGCCAUGAAUCUUAUGUACAGAAGUGGCUGGGUUUUGUUUGCUUACAUUUUAAUUUGGAAUACUUUCUUAUUGGGAGAUCCUUGCUAAGUGUUUAAUACUUCUUACUGGGAUUUGGCAUGCAAACCUUCAGGUGACAUGGAUUACAACACCAGAUACGAAAUGUUGUAUGUCCAAGACAGAGUAUUAAGAUUCUGAUCUAAUUAUAUAUUAAUCAUAAAAACAUAAUUAGUAUUAUAAAUAAAA